AUGCCACAUUUCUUGUGGCCGGAGCCGCUGUCAGCCGCACAACUCAAGCGGCUAGAGGAGCACAAAUAUAGUGCCUCGGGUCGAUCCCUUUUCGAACCUCCUUGUCAGAUAUAUUGGAAUUGGCUGGUCCAACAAAUUCCAACCUGGGUAGCGCCUAAUACUCUGACUAUAAUUGGACUGGUAAUAAAUAUAGUCACAACUGUAGUGUUGGUGUUUUACUGUCCAACCGCAACAGAGGAGGUAAGUGCUUUGCGACCUUGGGGGGGAAACUUUCGAGUAGCCAUGUAGCUACACCCCAUGACGGCAUUGUAACUCUCUGAGAUCAUGUGUAACAGUGUUGCAACUCGAAUCCAUGUAACGUUACAGCGCUAUUAUUACUGUACAACUGCUCAAAUCAUCAGAAUAUUCGGUGGAAAAUGUGCACAGUCCACUAUCAAAUGUUUUGUUCCUUGAAAGUUUGUUGUUGGCUAAUAGAGUAUUGUUGUUGACUUACUACAUUUGCUUGAUUUAAAAUGCCAAAUAAGAGUUGGUGUCAAAAAGUUGCCACCCUGUUUGCGUAGCCACUCAUAAAUCAAGCGAAUAGUAAUUAAAGGUAAGGAGUACGUGUGGCAGAAUGUUUGUUCAAGGAAAACUAAAGUAAUAUUAACUUUACCUAUUGCAAGUUUGAACUUUGAUUGGAUCAUGUAAAAUAAGCAAAUAUAGAUAACAAUAGGUAAACAACUUCAACCAUAGUCAGCAAACCAAAAACAGGGGAAUACCUAGGUUUUAACCAUGCCACGUGUUCAUACUAUGACCUGUCGUCCACUUAGGUCGAUUAUCUGAAGAGAGAGAGGGUGUGUGAAUCUACCCAUUGCCUGUUUGGCUUCUUUUCCUUCCUUUGUAUAGGGUGCUUUCAGGCGCAUGCCUGUCAGGUGUUCAGAUAUGUGUUACAGUAUGUUUAUCAGUUCUAUACCUUUGUCCACCCAUCCCACAGUACAGAUUGAAAUCUCACCACUGACACAAAGUCCAGAUUCCAUCAAGCUCCAGGCAGGUUUGUGCAGCAGACAAUUCAAUGUCACUGGCCAAUUGAAAAGAUGUCAAGGGUGACCCCGUAUGCCUAUACUCAAUACAGAAGUUGCCUGAGAGCCAUUUAACUAAGAUGACUACCUGUAUACAGAAAGGGUUUUUAGGACAGGGACAGGGGUUACUGAAGAGCAGUUUGUUGUUGUUGGCAGAGGAAGGGACUGGAGAACAGAAGGAUAUCUAGAAAGAGAAAACAUUACAGUGUUUUAGGAGAGAGAAAAACGGUCAAAAUAGCUGUGGUGGACAAACCAAUGGGACAAACACACAGUUAGGCCAAUACAGUACAGUGUUCUGUCGAGAGAACACAGUUAGUACAGUGUUGUGUAGAGAGUUAACAGUUAGACAAGUGCAGUGUUGUAGAGAGAGAACACUGUGUUGUGUAGAGAGAGAGAACACAGUGUUGUGUAGAGAGAGAGAACACGGUUUUGUGUAGAGAGAGAGAGAGAACACGGUUUUGUGUAGAGAGAGAGAGAGAACACGGUUUUGUGUAGAGAGAGAGAGAGAACACGGUUUUUGUAGAGAGAGAGAGAGAACACUGUGUUGUGUAGAGAGAGAGAGAACACGUGUUGUGUAGAGAAGAGAGAGAACACGUGUUGUGUAGAGAGAGAGAGAGAACACGGUGUUGUGUAGAGAGAGAGAGAGAGCACGGUGUUGUGUAGAGAGAGAGAGAGAACACGGUUUUGUAUAGAGAGAGAGAGAGAACACGGUGUUGUGUAGAGAGAGAGAGAGAACACGUGUUUGUAGAGAGAGAGAGAACACGGUGUUGUGUAGAGAGAAGAGAGAGAACACGGUGUUUGUAGAGAGAGGAGAACACGGUGUUGUGUAGAGAGAGAGAGAGAACACGGUGUUGUGUAGAGAGAGAGAGAACACGGUGUUGUGUAGAGAGAGGGAACACGGUUGUGUAGAAAGGAAAGAGUUGUGUAGAGAACAGAGUUGUGCAGAGAGAUAAUUACAGAGUUGUAUAGAGAGAUAACAGAGUUCGGUCAGUACAGCACAGUACAUUGCAGGCGCGUAGGCACGGGUGGGCCCAGGUCACCUACUGCGGAGCCAGGCCCACCGUAUCAGAUUAGGCAACAAAAAAAUACAAGUAUGCUCUCUACUGUCAGUGUUCUAAACGGGACAUUAUUUGCCUUUUUACCUAAACAUGCAAACACCAUCAGCUAGAAUUCAUAGCAAGCAGUGCACUGGAAUGGCAUUUAGAUUAAGUGGAAUGACAUUCACUCAUGGGAUGGGUGGCCAAAAAUAACUAACUGAAAGCCACACCCCCAAUAAGCCAUGAAUAUGACUGCAUUGAGGCAUAUGUCACUGUGCUUCUAUGGCUAUACAGUGCAUUCGGAAAGUAUUCAGACCCCUUGACUUUUUCCACAUUUUGUUACGUUACAGCCUUAUUCUAAAAUGGAUUUAAAAAAAUACAAUUCCUCAUCAAUCCACACACAAUACCCCAUAAUGGUAUUUAGAAUGUUUUGCACAUUUAUUACAAAUAAAAAACCGAAAUACCUUAUUUACCUAAGUAUUCAGACCCUUUGCUAAGAGACUCAAAAUUGAGCUCAAGUGCAUCCUGUUUCCAUUGAUUGGACAUGAUUUGGAAAGGCACACACCUGUCUAUAUAAGGUCCCACAGUGCAAAAACCAAGCCAUGAGGUCGAAGGAAUUGUCUGUAGAGCUCCGAGACAGGACUGUGUCGAGGCACAGAUCUUGGGAAGGGUACAAAAUAAAUUCUGCAGCAUUGAAGGUCCCCAAGAACACAGUGGCCCCCAUUUAUUAUUAUACAGUUUGGAACCACCAAGACUCCUAGAGCUCCAGAGUUCCUCUGUGGAGUUGGGAAAACCUUCCAGAAGGACAACCAUCUCCGCAGCACUCCACCAAUCAGGCCUUUCUGGUAGAGUGGCCAGACGGAAGCCACUCCUCAGUAAAAGGCACACGACAGCCCACUUGGAGUUUGCCAAAAGGAACCUAAAGGACACUCAGACCAUGAAAAACAAGAUUCUUUGGUCUGAUGAAACCAAGAUUGAACUCUUUGGCCUGAAUGCCAAGCAUCACGUCUGGAGGACGGGUGGUGGAUGGGUUAAUAAAAUAAAAUAAGUUAGCUGUUUUCCAAAAUAAAAAAAGUUUAUUUAAAGAUAAUAAAUUGUCCCACCCAAAUUUCAUUUCUGGCUAAGCUACUGGUACAUUGUUGUGUAGAGAGAUGAUAAACACUGAGUGUUGGUUCACCCCUGAUGUCCAGAUGGCUGGUAAUACUUGAAGUCCCGGUGGUAGGAACUCACCCAGUAGAGUUCAUCUUGCCUUUACCAUACUUUGACGUGUGUAUGGUGGGGGUUGGGAGGGUCCCCUGAAUAAGUCCCCUGUGUAAAAAGCAUUCCAGGCUGGAUGAAGACACGUGUCUCAUGUGUUGUUUGUGCUUGGCACUUCAUUUCUUUCAGUCAUUAGCUGCAUGUCCUUUAUACUGAUUUGCCUUUCAAGGGAAAACACGUUAUUUAUGCUUACUACAGCUGUUUUCUAGAAAAUGUUAAACCGAGAGAAUGUAUUAUAAGAUGUCUGUUAGAGAAAACAAACCUGUGUUGAAGGAAAUAGUAAAACAUCUCAACUUGUCAAACACAAGCAACUCUCUGUUUUGCAAGAAGUGCUCAAAAUAAGAUAACUUUCCCCAAUGUGUGUCAUGGCUUUCUUCAAUCUUCACUGAUUUGAUUUGGAAACGCACCCUGCGUCUCAUGUAACCAAGUCUGUUUGUUUACUCACAGUCAGAAGACAAAGACCGAGACCUUUCCCUUCAACGGGUGAUGGUGGAGGAAAAGUUUGUGUCCUAGUUGAAAUAGAAACCAGGUUAUUCCAUCCCCUUGUUUAAUCAAAUUUCUCUCCCUCCAUUUCUCGCUCUCCUUCCCUCCCUCCGUCUCCCUUCCUCUCUCCAGGCUCCAGCAUGGGCCUUCAUCCUGAGUGCGUUGGGCCUGUUCAUCUAUCAGUCGCUGGAUGCCAUCGAUGGGAAGCAGGCCCGGAGGACCAACAGCAGCUCUGCGCUGGGGGAGCUCUUUGACCACGGCUGUGAUGCUGUCUCCACAGGUGCGGCCCCAAAGUUUUUUUUUUGCCAGUUUUAAUUUGUGUUGCUUUACAGUACCUGACCAAGUGUAUUUCAAGCAGUGGGCUCCCCUGUACUUUUGUCUAGAGUCUGGACUAGACUGCAUUUAGUGUUUAGCAUCAUAGCAACCAGUGUAUCAUAUUGACUGACAACGUACAUUAUUCUAUGCCUCAGAAGUAUGAUACAUCGUUACUCAUUAGUUCUCAACUUUCUCCCUCUCUCUCUCUCUCUGCAGUCUUUGUUGCCGUGGGAACAUGUAUAUCCUGUGGGAUAGGAAGCUACCCUGAUUGGAUGUUCUUCAGUGGCUUUGUGGGGAUGUUCAUGUUCUUCUGUGCACACUGGCAAACCUAUGUUUCCGGAACACUGCGCUUUGGCCUGUAAGUAGGAAUGAUGCCCAAUUAUAUUAUUUGUUUACCUGUUGCUGGGCAGAUAACGACUACUAUUUGUUUUUGACGUAGUACUUAAGUCUAGUCCAUCGUGCUUCAUAAAAUAUACAGUCUGGUUAUGAUCUAUGAGUUGUAUAAAUUCUCUCCACCCAGGGUUGAUGUGACGGAGGUCCAGAUUGCCAUCGUUGUCAUGUAUGUGAUGUCAGCUUUUGGUGGAGUGGCCCUUUGGGACUACAGG